ACCGCCACUUUCCUCUUUUUUCGGCAGAGAGCACAGGAGCUCCCAAGCAGCCCAGCCUCUCCCGUUGCCACAAGUCCAGGUGCAAGAGGACCCCACCCACCCCAGGAUGUCACAGGGUGUGACCUACGCUGACCUGCGGUUCGUGAGGACCCCUCCGGAGAAGAGCCAGGAGAAAGACCCCAGCGAGGGAGAGCUGACCUAUGAGAACAUCCAGGGCCCCCCCUGCCAGGAGGAGAGGACUCCCACCCCCACACAGGGUACAAAAGAGUCGGACAGUCGAACCUGGUACGCCACCCUGGCAUUGUUGGCUGCCUGCCUCUUCCUUCUCUCCACCGCCAUAGGACUGGGGGUCCGAUACUGGCAGGUCUCACGGCAGCUGCAGCAGGCAAAUGAAGGUGGCAGUGCCCUGGCACGGAGAAUUGGCUCCCAGGAGGGCAGCCUGGCCCAGACCCGGGUCCAGCUGGAAGAGGCCAAGGAGGAGCUCCACUCCACCAACGGGACCCUCUGGAGCUGCUGGGCUGCUGGGAACAGGACCCAGGGGCAGAUGAGGGAAGCCAACGAGAGCCUGAUGCGCACGCAGCAGGAGAAGGAGAAGCUGCAGGAGGAGAAGGAGAUUGUUCAGCAGCAGUUGGAGGAGAUGAGGAGAAAACUGGAGCUAGUUAUAACUUGCCAACAGAAGGACUGCUGUCCCCGUGGAUGGAAGCUCUUUGGGUGGAAAUGCCUGUGGAUUUCACCUUCAUCAGAAAGGAAGACCUGGAGAAAGAGCAAAGAAGUCUGCGAAGCCAUUUCAACCCGGCUUCUUGUUUUAAAGCCCUGGACUGCAGAACAGCUAUGGGGUGCCACAUUCAUUGAUAAGACUACUCUGCACCUGAGCAAGGUGUGUGCUGGGGUGACCAUAGGCCGGAAGCCAACCAGGGAGUAUCUAGUUGCCCCAUAG